CCUGUUGUCGUGCGUUUCCGCCGCGACCAGACAGCAGACCACUCGCCAGCCUGCAGCCUUGGCUAUAAAACAAUGCGUGCUGCGGCUUCCCCUCACUCCUGGCACGCGUCCGGCCGUUGCCACCUUCAUGUUGUUCUUCUCCCUUGCCGACAUCAUCGAUACCUGACAAACAGCCACAGGUGAACUUAUCGCCAGCUGCAGCCUCCCGUCAUUUCCCACCUGAAUUCCGUCUGUCAAUAGAGCUCCCCUGAACCCACCUGCCCAGCUCCACGGGCCAUUACGUCACCGCCACACAACCCCAGCUUGCCCCUCUCGUCAAAUCCAAACAUCACCACCGCCACAACCACCAGGAUGGCUGAGGACCCCAAUACCAGCGGCGCCAGCGCCGAGGAGCAGCCCACCGUCGACCGCACCCCCAUCUCGCCCUCCCGGACCGAACGCAAGAACUCGCUCGAGCAGCACCUGAUGCACCGCCCGGAGCGUACAGAGCUGGUUGACCGCAACAUCCUCCCGGCCUCAACAGCCGCGCCCGCACUCCAGGCACACCAGAAGGAGCUCGAGCGCCACUUCAAGGUCGACACCCUCAACGACAAGAUUGCCCACCGCCCGACGCCCGACGAGUUGAUCAAGAAGGGCGUGCUCGACGAGGACCCCCGGACCGCCGAGGAGAAGUAUAUGGAGGCGAUCGAGGACGAGUACGCCAAGCGGGAGGGUGGUGCUUGAUUGAGAAGGCCUGGCUCUAGGGGGUUUUCUCAACAUUUUGGUCCCUUGCCGUCUUCAUUCGCGCCUCUCCUGGGUUGUCUGCUGGAGGCCCGGAGCUCAACUUUUGGCCUUUCCUUGGUAUACCGGCUGGUACCACAGUCCCACUCGUGCUGUUGCUCAAUGUAGUGUAGUGCGCUCUGAUUAAUGGAAGUCGGGGCAUUUUUGGUUGUCCCUGUGACACCUUGAUCCAGGGCGUAGUCGUACAAGAGGAAGCACCGGGGUUUACCACGUUUGCCUUUGCCGAGCAAUUAUAGUACUUUGCACCCGUGUCUUCAUUGGGCUACUUUCUUCUUUCAAUGACUGCCCUGGCUGCGGAGCCCUCCAGCCGUGUUUCAUUGCUUCUUUGGGAGCAGACACAUCACGCAGAAAAGUCCAGGUAGCUCCGUGGGUAUAUGUUUGUAACGCGGGCAUCUAAAUGGGAUUGAAGCCGUAUAUGAUUGUCCAUACGGCUCACUCACCCCAACGCACCAUGAUCCCCUUGGCCUUGGGAUAGAGGCCGCCACAGACCUCGAGAAGGGAUUGGAAUUGACAAUGCACGAGACAAGCCAAGGAUGGAAACCGCCGAGUAGGAUCAAUCAAC